AAGAUUUCUUGUAUAUAAAGAAAAUUUUCGAAUGCAUUUUAUCGUCCGGAAUUCUAGUUCUGUGCUGUUUUGCGGUUGUUGUGCUCGAGAAGUAGAUUAUUUCACGCUAAAUCGUUCUAAAAACAUUUUACUCGACUUUUAAAACAUUUUCUACACUAAUUCCUAACUUAAAUUACAGUUUUUUUUAAGCACAAUAUUUUAAAAGGCAUCGGUUAAACUGAAAAAUGCCCCCAAAACCGGCAAGUAAAGGCGCGAAAAAGGCGGCCAGCAAGGCGAAGGCCGUGCGCACCGGCGACAAGAAGCACAAGCGCAAACGAAAGGAGAGUUACGCCAUCUACAUCUACAAGGUCUUGAAACAAGUUCAUCCGGAUACUGGAAUCAGCAGCAAGGCCAUGUCGAUAAUGAAUUCUUUUGUGAACGAUAUCUUCGAGAGAAUUGCCGCCGAAGCCUCGAGACUGGCCCACUACAACAGGCGUUCUACAAUUACGAGCCGUGAAAUACAAACGGCGGUCCGGCUGUUGCUGCCCGGGGAGUUAGCCAAGCACGCCGUCAGUGAGGGGACCAAGGCAGUCACUAAGUACACCAGCUCCAAAUAACGUUCUGUCGUUUGAUAUGUUGUGGUUUCGUUUGAUUUUGAUUGGCUGGUUGAUUGGUUGGGGCCUAUAAUUAGGUAGGUUUGGAUUCAUGUAAAGUUGUAAAGCAAAUGAUUAACAUUUAGUUUAUUUGGCUGGCUGGGUUAGAAGACAAAGUCUUUGACAAGAUUGGUUGGGUGUCAUUGAUGUAGUGGAGUCUGUUCUGUUGGCUGGAUGGCUCGAUGAUCAAAAUUUUGGUUUAAUAAUUGUAGUGUUUUUUUAUUUGGUUCUAGGUCAUUAAAUGGUUGGUUAAUUUCUUCUGAGAACUGAGAUCUUUGAUUUGAUCGGGCAGAUUGAUCGAUAGUAAUUUGUAAUGUAAUUGUAAUGUGAAUAUUUAAAUAACUGUUUUCGACAAUUACAUUAUAAAUAUUAGAAUAGCUCUUUUAUAUAGUUGAAUUUUAUGAGAAGAUACUGUACAAUUGCUGUUUAUUAUACUAUGUUGUGUUGUUCAUAUGUAACAAGUUCAAUUUUACAUUCUGUGACUGAUGAAAAUUUUUAAACUUUGCCCACUAACUGUGCUUAUUUAUUCAAGUAAUGGGAGAGGGUUGGUUGCUAACUCGAUGUUCGACAUCCAAUUAGUUAUCUUCCAUCUAUGUACGUAGCGAAUAUGACUUUCAUUAUCUAUGUUGUAUGUAUGUGCCGUUAUCAUUGCUAUGUUAUGUAACUUGUAUUAUUUCUUUGUUUUUAUUUUCUGCAAUUUUUUCCAAGUUAGGUUAAAUCAAUACCCAAUGCCAACAAUAGUACCUAAUUAAUUUCAAUGAGUUGUAUUAGUGUUAAAUAUAUGUAUAUAUAAUAUAUAUAUUCAUGUUUACUUGAUAUUUUAUUUUGAUUGAAUGAUACUAUAGAUGUAUAUAUGGAUAUUAUCUAUAUAUGUACGGAUGUGAUAUAGAUAUAUGUUUCUGGGUCGUGUAUAUAUGUGUGUGCUAGAUAUGUAUCUGUCAGAUACAUGAUAAAAGAUUGUAUCCUAAAAAGGUGUUUAGGACAUUUUUUUGUAAGUUUAUAGAGUUUCUCAUCAAUUAAAUAAUUAAUUAUUUAAUAAUUAAUUGAUCGACUUAUUGAUUAAUGGUUGAGUUAAUCAUCAGAUUGAUUGAUUAUAUUUUGGAUUAAUUAUAUCUUGUCUUUGCAAGUUUAAAAAAAGAAUUUAGUAAAAAAUGCGUUCCAUUGAUGUGAAA